GUAUGUCCCGGAUCCUCUGACGCUCAACUUUUUUCGCUCCCAGGCUCCAGUUUCCCGUAGGCUUCAGGCUUUUCUCUUUCAGUUUUCAGGGAACCGCGGAGGAGACCGCGCGUCGCCGGCCGCGCUACCGGCAGAACCGUUUCAUGCAAAAUGAUUAAAUAACCGAGCGGCACAGAGAGCCAAUCAAACAGUCGAGUGAUGUAAUUAAAUAUCGGAACAUUUUAAGUGAUAAAGUGUUAUGUUGACCACUCGAAUACAUAAGCGAACGAUUAGUGGUGCUAAAGGACAGUAAAUCACAUCGCGUCAGGAGCUGCGACGGAUUUCGGCAUCCAGCCAGGCAUGAUUUGAACAGACAAGGCGGGUUGCGCGGAUGGUGUGCGGAGAUGGGCGGCUCGCGGCGCAUGUCGAGCGCGCUGCUGUUGCCAUUCCUACUCGCGCUGCCCGCGGACACCGCCAACACCACCGGCUACCGGGAGGAACUGGAAUCAUCACUGGUUUUAGUCCACGCAGUCGCCACCGGAGCCACGGGGAAGCUGUGUGUCUCAUACCGCAACGGUCAGCUGCGGGCGCCCAUGCACGUGACACGGUGGGACUCGGCCAGGGCCCGGGCAGACCUGGCGGCCAGCUUCUUGCACCAACUGGGAUUAGACUCUGCUGACGUACUUGAAGCGGUAUCAAAAUCACUAGUAAUGGGUAGUCAGAAUUCUGAAAGAGCAGUGGGAGCUAGAGCAAUACCAUUACGGGCUGAUACCAAAGUAAAGAAUGCCACGGGAUGGCAACGAUAUGGUACAGCUGAACCAGUUCCAAUGUUUUUUCCGCCACUGGAGCAAGUGCCUGUAGCUGAUUAUCCUUGGUAUGAAUCGCGGCAUAAAACAUCUCAACAGUCUUUCAAAUUCAUGCCUUCGCCAGUACCAGAUGCAGCUAUGAAGGGCUGGUGGUCCUUUCCCUAUUUCAGUUGUGAUGCCGAACGGUGGCUGCUAUCAUACACGGUUCCGGUACAUUCGGCUAGAGAGCAGGAAGGAGUUGUGUCACUCGACGUAGACAUAUCUAAUUUGGAAAUAAAUCAAUGUGAGAUGCCAACCAACGAUAAUCAAAUAUAUUCCUUUCACGGCACUCAUAAAUGUCACAACGAAACCACCUUUUGCGAGUACAAGCCAAAUCGAGAAGUUGGAGUGAGGCAUGCUGGUUGGGCCCGAGGAUCGUACGUUUGCCGUUGUCGGGAUGGAUAUUACUCAACUCAUCAUCCUGAUGGAUUCAAUGGCUCACUGGUUGAAGUUGCUUAUCAAGAAUACAAGGAAAAUAACGGCUUGGAAAACUGGAGUGAACCCUACCAAUGUCUGCAAUGUCAACCAGGCUGCGAAACAUGCCGGGGACCAGAGCCUUGCCUUGCUACUUACAACUGGCCAUUCCGGAUAUCCCUCCUGGUGAUAUCGGUGAGCUGUGCAUUCAUGACAGUGUUGCUGACAAUCUACACAAGACACCACAGACGCGUGAAGGUGUUCCGUGUUGCCAGCCCGGUGUUCCUUUCCAUCACACUACUUGGAUGCGCUUGCAUGUAUAUGGAGAUGGCUGCUAUAUUCCCAGUUCUGGACCGGUACUCUUGCAUCGCUACAAAAUGGACUCGCCACUUGGGUUUCUGCAUCACAUACACAGCCCUGCUUAUGAAAACUUGGAGAGUAUCCCUGACAUAUCGCGUGAAAUCCGCCCACAAGCUGAAGCUUACAGACAAACAACUGCUGCAAUGGAUGGCACCCAUUCUCCUGAUCAUGCUCGUGUAUCUCGGGACAUGGACUCUGUCUUCACCUCCUGAUGCAGAAGACAUCACAGACAAUAAGGGCUUGAGAUUCAAGCAAUGCACUUACAACUGGUGGGAUCACAGUUUGGCUAUAGGCGAGAUCCUGUUCCUGCUAUGGGGAGUGCGCGUGUGCUACAGAGUGCGCCACGCCGAGAGCCUGUACAACGAGGCGCGGCUCAUCUCCAUCGCCAUCUACAACAUCUUCACCGUCAACUCGCUCAUGAUAGCCUUCCAUUUACUAAUCCUGCCUCGGGCCGGACCGGAUAUAAAAUAUCUGCUCGGCUUCAUAAGAACGCAGUUGUCCACUUCUACUACUGUUCUACUAGUAUUUUUACCCAAGGUUCUGCGCGUGGUGCGCGGCACGGGCGACACGUGGGACCGCGGUGCACGUGCUCGCGGCGUGCCCGCCUCCACGUCGCUCAACGGCAUCGGUCUAGUGCCCGACGACCCGCCCGACCUCUACCGCGAGAACGACGAACUCAAGGAGGAGGUGCAGAAGCUAGCGGCGCAGAUAGAGUUCAUGAAGAUCGUGCAGAUGGAGAUGCACAACCGCCACCUGCGGCCCAGGCCCGGCGGCUACUUCAGCGCCUCCAGCCCCCACGUCACGGCCACCGCCGUCAACAUCUCGCAGGACAGCACGGAGUGGCCGGGGCCGGUGUGACGGGUCGCGCUGAGCGACAGCGGCUGGGCGUGGCCGCGCGGCGCCGGCGCCGGCCGCCCGGGCGUGGCCGGCACGGGGGUCGUCACGGCCGAGGACAAGAGACGACCACAUUAUGUUUGAACCGCGCAUUUCGCUUGUCGCUUGUUAUAUUACGUUGCGCCGAUUUGACGAUUACGGGACCCGGUAGUUACCUCUGACCGAUAUUGAACCUUAUGCCGACAGGUUAAGGUUUAAUGCCGGCCGUGCUCGCUCGUCGAGUCGCGGCAAAAAACCGACCCGAACGGAGAAGACGAGAGUAGUAUGUACAAACUCGUGAUCGUCUCGGGGUCUCUUGACGAGUGUGUACCGCCGGUAUAAGAUUCACUGUCACACUUAUGCAAAAUUUAUGUACAAAUGACGUCCCUGAUAUAAAAAUAUUGUCUUUAGAAUAAAAUAAGACGACAAACUGUAAACAUAUCUCUAAUGUCGACUGUACGACGGCAGUAGCGACUAUUGGGACCCAAUUAUACUGGUUAGGGUUGUUUUGUUUACAAUCGUGAACAUCAGAAUAUCGGAGUGCAUGUUCAGAUAUUUUUAAACACCACGACCGCUGCGAUAUAUUAGCUAGCGACUGUCACACAAAGAUACGGCAUACGAAAGUAGGCUGAGCCGUAAAAGUUGAACAUAGUAAUGGAUAACUGAUGCCUGCGUUAAACUAAACCUAAAUGGCAGAUUCACAAACUAUUAAAAACAAAUAAAACAAGUAACUAUUUGUUAUACAACCCUAGCUCAGUUAAAAGUAUAGUCAGCAGCAGUAGUUGCUAAGCGGGCGAGGUCUUCAAAAUUAUCAUUCAUCAUUUUGAACACCUGGCCCGCUUAGUAACUUUUGAUGCUGACUGUACUUCCUAGGAUACUUUGCAAUAUUAUAUUGGUUUUGCAUCGAAAUUUAACAUCUAAAUAUUGAUCAUAUGACCAGUAUGUUUUGUGGGACAUUCAUAUCCAGCCAAAAUCACUAAAUAUAAAUGUGUUCUCGACUAAGACUCGCUUUUACAGUGUGGAAAAAAUUAAUGGGCCUAGAGGGAAAGUACCUUAAGGCCUCAUUCUCACGAGCGCGUUUUCAACGCGCGUUAAAAAAGCGUUUAAAUAACACAAAUGGAAACGUGUAUUUAUUCACACGAUGGCGGUAGCGCUUUUUAUAAAGCGUUGUUGUAUUUUCAACUUUAAGCCUUGGUCUUUAAAUCGAAUUUAGCGUUCAGGCAGAUUCAAGCGCUUUUUUAACGCACGUUGAAAAAGCGCUCGUGUGUAGGGUCACUUAAACCUUAAGUUACAUAGCUCAUUUUACUUAAAGUAAACAUUAUUUUAUUUUUUAAAAGAUAUAAAACUGCAUUCAUAGAUUUUUUUUUAUUUGCUUUCGUCGUCCGGGAAUCUAACCAACAAAAAUCCAACAAUACUAAAUAUUCGAUUUUAUGAAUAUUUUGUACGAUAGACGAUUGUAAGACCUAAUGUUUCUUGGAGAAAUUUUAACAUUAACAGGAACUGUAUCAACUAGUGGAAUAAAAUAGCAAGUUUUUUGUCGGUUCGAUUCCUAGGCGAUACAAGCGAAUAAAAAAAAUCUGUGAAUUCAGUUUUGCUUAUUUAAAAAAAUAAAAGAAUGUUUCCUUUCUAAGGCACUUUCCCUCCAGGGCCCAUUAAUUUUUUCCACACUGUAUAUGAAGGCUCACAGCUUAGUAGGUAGCAUCAGGUAUAAUGUUAUAUUCUAUAUAUGUGCUAGAAAUAGAUACGUAAUAAAUGGUCUUAAAAUAAAUGUUAUAUCUGCUCUAAGCUCCAUGGAUUUUUGUUCGGAGGUAUAGUUAGUAAAAAAAUGCUUAGCGUUUAUUACAAUCGCUAGAGUAAAGUAGAAUGAGUUAGAAAUUAUUUUGAAUGUUAUUUAGGUAAACUUUAGAUAUUUUAUCAUGUCAUUUAUCUUACUAUAACUAUAUCUUACCUCUUCUAUGCUAGUCGUUAAUUUUAAUGUAAUAAUGUAUCUAAUAAAUUUGAAUAUAAGUUAAAUUAAUUACUAAGUAUUCUGUAUUUUUAUUAAAAAACGCGCGUAGAUAUACAAAUUGUUGAACUCUGGUUCAUUCUAGAACAGACAAUAAAAAUACUGUUGGUCUUCAAGUUUUAGGGACUCUAAAUUCUUUGAUUUAGUUUUAUAUGUACGAGAUUGUCGAGAUUAUUGCGUUACCUGAAGUUACUUACCUUCAACAGCAUUGAUUUUGCUUUACCAUAUUACUAUAUUUUUUUAUCAUAGCUAUAAUCUUUAGUUAAGGUAUCAUAAACGAACUGUAAAUAUGAAUCAGAAAGAAGCAUAAAUUCUAAAGUGUUGUAAAUAAAUUCAUUAAUAUUAGUGAUGACGUAGUUAUUGUUAUUAUUUAUUUUCUUUGACUGUCUGUGAUAAUGAUAAAGUAUAAUAUACUUUAUUCAUGAAUGUUGUAGAGGACGUACAGAGAGGUAGCCACUCAUAAUCAGCAUUAGUAAAUAUUUAAUUUAUUUAUGUGAAAUGAAUGUUGUAGGUAUAUUCUUUUUAAAUAAGCAAACAUUGUUGUUUUUUAACUUCAGAUACUGUGCUUUCAAUGUUGUGAUUAGUUUUGAGUGAACUACAAGAUUGUCAGUUGAGUGUUACUGUGGUCAUAAAUAAGUAUAAUAAUUCAUGCAUAUUUUUGUAUUGAUUUGCUCUUUUAACUAUUGCUAUUCAUAAAUAAACAGAAAACGUCGUAGCUGAAAGCUACUAGUAGGUAUUUAAAGCUACAAUUAUUCACAAACAUUUCUCUUCCUAGUCUGUAUGUAAUAUGUAUCCAAUGAUUUUUCCACACAAGUUACAUAACAUGUGCAUAGAUAUAUCUAUAUCCCAUACCUAAGUAAAGAGGUACCUCUUAACUGUUAGUGUUCAGUGUCCUACUGAGUUGGCAUAGCCAUUCAUGUUUAGGUGAUGAUAGAGGGACUGUUUUUGCUGACCAUAGCACAAAUUUGGUAUAAAUAUAACAAUAAAACAUUUUUUGAUUGUGUACCCUAUUUAUCUCAAUACUUAAUAAGUGUAUGUAGUUGUUUGUCUAUUAAAUAUGAAUUCAUCUGCAAAAUAAUUUAUUCUGAGAUUAUAUAUUGUCUGUUGUUGAGGCUAUUGCCUAAUUCGGUCAAAGUAUUUAUCCCGUGUAAUUUUUACAACUUUGGAAUCUCUUACAUUUUAUUAGUAUUAAUUUACUGUGCCAAAGAUAAGAUUUAGGAAUAAAUUCAAUAUUAUUUUUUCAUUAGAUGUUAUAUCAAUGUUUUCUAAUUAUUAAUAAUGCAUCAUGGAGUGUUAAUAUAAACUAGAAUUGAUGUAAUAAAAAAAAUAUUGUUAUUCUCUGACACUAGGGCAUAGGAAAAAUAUGUAAGAAGUUUUGUUUUUACAUUAAAAUAAAGAAAAUAACUGUU